AAAGACCGAUGUGAACCUAUCAGAUGUGCUAAAUGUCAGAACUAUGGCCACAUCACAAAGAACUGUCAAGCCACAAAAGACUGCUGCAGUACCUGCAGAAAGGAACACCACACCUCGGAAUGUAUAGAUGACACCAAAAAGGACGCAUGGUGCAUGAGCUGCUGCAAUGAAAUGCACACCAGCUGGAGCAGAGCCUGCCCAGCAUUUGGAAAAUGCUGCUGA